AACGCGCUACUCACAAAACUAAACUAAACAUGAAGUUCCUCAUCGUCUUUGUUGCCCUCUUCGCUCUGGCCGUGGCUGCCCCUGCCGGGGAGGUUCAAAUUGUGAGAUCGGAUUCCGACGUUGGCCCCGAAUCCUAUAAUUUUGCUGUGGAGACAUCCGAUGGUACUGCUAAGCAAGAACAGGGUCAGUUGAAGAACAUUGGCACAGAACAGGAGGCUAUUUCCGUUAAGGGUAGCUUCAGCUACGUUGGCGAUGAUGGUCAGACCUACACCGUCAUCUACACUGCCGAUGAGAAUGGAUUCCAGCCCCAGGGUGCUCAUUUGCCCGUUGCUCCCGAGGCUUAA